CGGCAGGUGGCAGUAAAGAUCCAGCUUGGCGUUUAUAAGCAAUAAAAUAAACUUGAAGGAAGACCGCUGCUACCUUACCACUGAUAACUGUCGCUCCUAAUAUUGUGACGCAUGUCACAACCAGCGCAGCCGGGCGCAAUGCCUUCCGCACCCGACUCUCCAUCUCUCAGCGUGACCGUCAGCGGAAAUGUGCAGAAAUAUAACAUCAAGAAGAAAAAGGUUUUAAAUGCGGAGGAGACUGAACUAUUUGAGCUCACGCAGGCUGCUGGGAUAGUCAUGGAUCAAGAGGUUUUUAAGAUCAUAGUGGACUUGUUAAAGAUGAACGUUGCUCCUCUGGCAGUAUUUCAGACUCUGAAAGCCAUGUGUGCAGGACAGAAGGUCUCUGAAACAUCUGCUGGUGAAACAUCAACAGCAUCUCAUACAACCACUGCACCUUCAGAGUCUAGAGAGGAGUGUGUUGUCUCUGGAAAGAGUGCUAAAACUACAGCCCCUCCCUCUGCUUCUGUGUCCCGCCCACCAAGGGGAGGGGCUAAGAUAGUCGUCUACAGUGCGGGUGACACAAGUGCUCCUCAAGUACGUGGUAAAACGGGGCAAGGGGAGAAAACCACAAGAGAUGGUUCUAGUCAGCGGGUGCCACGCCAAGUCAGCGCCACCAGGGGACAGAAGAGCGCCAAGAGCUCUGGCAGUAGCAGCUCUUCUUCUCAGCUCACCUCCAACUAAAAUUCUACAUAAAUUAACACGUACUUAACAAGAGUUAAGUUACAUUCAUUUGUUGUGUUAAAAAAACUUUUUUACUGUAAAUAAAGAUAGUUGUUCUUAAAAAAUAAAUUUAACUUUCUCCUUCGGGAUGCCUUGAAAAAACGUUCAUUUGCAUUUUGCCAGAGAGACUGUAGCUGAAGCUAAUUUAUUAAAUUUCGUAUGCCAUAUUUUAAGUGGUGGUGUUGCUAGUGGGACCAUGAGAUCAUAACCAUGGUUAACACCUUUCACACCUAAAGAAUAGUUUGUAAAAGAAACAACGUUUUUAGUGCAACUUUCCAUUUUUUAAAUUCAGUGGCACAAACGUUUAUAAACCUGAUUUCUUUGUUUUAAACACAUGUGAUAUAUUUCACACAGUUGUGUACUUACAUUAUCCCAAAAAAAUUUGUAUUUUCAUUGGUUUCCGCUUGUAGAAACCAUAGCAACACGUGUGGAUAAAUGUGGAAGUGCAGGUUAUACAGCAUCCAGCACACAGCUGUUACGCGUUGCAGCUAAAUCAUUACGGUGGCAUAACAUGAUAUAAUUAAGUGUACAGGUAAUAUUUAGUAUAACCUCAUCUGUAAAUGUGAUUAGCAAAUUCCAUAUGACUGGGUGGUGAAAACAACGUAUCCCAUAGUUCCACUCUUCUUCAUAAAAUCAUUAAGCUUUGCCUUUGUUUUGAAACUGCAAGUGUUAAAAUCCUACAUAUUGUGCCUUUAAAGCACAAAACUUAGUGGUGUGUGCUACAAUUGAAUUUAUGUAAAUUGCAAAAUAAAC